CACGGCAGCGCACACACACACACGCGUUCUCUCGCCACACAUCACACACACACACACGGACAACGCAGCGCACACGGCAGCGCACACACACUCACUCACUCGGGCUGCUCGCGAGCGGCGCCGAUCGAGCGCCUCCACCGCACGCGAUGCUUCUGGAGGCGGCGCCCCAGUACCCGUCCUUGGGUCUCGGCUUCGGGCCGGCGUCCGUGCGCCAUUACGCGGCGGCGUCCGGCGAGUCGUGCGAGCGCGACUCGGCGGCGAUGGACGGCUACGGCGACACCGCGGCGCUCAAGCUGGGCUCGGAGCUCGGCGCCGGGCAGCCGUCGGCGUUCGUGUCGCAAGCGUCGGCCGGCUACUCCGCGGCCAUCGGCGCCCACGGACCCCACGCGCACCCGGCGCCCGUGGGCUCGUACGGGGCGGCUGCGGCGGCCGCCGCUGCGGGCUUCGGCGCCUCGGCCGCCAAUCGCUCCGACUUUCUCUUUCGCAACUGCGGCUUCGGAGACGCGGCGGCGGCGGCGGCGGGCGGCCCCGCUCAGCACGGCGUCUUCGCCCCCACGGGCAGCUUCUCCGGGCAGCAGGCUCUGGACGCGGCGGCGGCCGCAGCGGGACACCUCCUCUUCCCGGGACUGCACGAGCAAGCGAGCGCGGCUCAACAUCCCCACCACCCGCACCACCACCCGCACCACCACCACCACCCGCACCACCACCCGCACCACCACGCGCACCACCACUCCGCCAACGCCCACUUGCUCGGCGGGCAACUGCGCCUGGGCCUCGCCAAUGACUCCUACGGACGGGCCGAUCGCUUCGGACAAGUGGCCGGCGGACGAGGAGACCCCUACGCGGCUGCGGCUGGGGCGCCGCUGCACGGCUACGUGAAUAUGGCCGCGCAUCAUCACCACCAUCACCAUCACCCGGCGGCCGGAGCGGGCGCCUUCUUCCGCUACCUGCGCCCUCAGCUCAAGCAGGAGCUCGUGUGCAAGUGGAUAGAGCCGGAGCUGGUGAAGAAACAACCCUGCAACCGCGUGUUCAGCACCAUGCACGAGCUGGUGACGCACCUGAGCGUGGAGCACGUGGGUGGGCCCGAGCAGGCCAACCACGUGUGCCACUGGGACGAGUGUCCCCGCGAGGGGAAGCCCUUCAAGGCCAAGUACAAGCUGGUGAACCACAUCAGGGUGCACACGGGCGAGAAGCCCUUCCCGUGCCCCUUCCCCGCCUGCGGCAAGGUGUUCGCUCGCUCCGAGAACCUCAAGAUACACAAGAGGACGCACACAGGCGAGAAGCCGUUCAAGUGCGAGUUCGAGGGCUGCGACCGCCGCUUCGCCAACAGCAGCGACCGCAAGAAGCACAUGCACGUGCACACGUCGGACAAGCCCUACUUCUGCAAAGUGUGCGACAAGUCGUACACGCACCCCAGCUCGCUGCGCAAGCACCUCAAGGUUCACGAAUCAACCCCGCAGGGCUCGCAACCUUCCCCAGCCACCAGCUCGGGCUACGAGUCAUCCACGCCGCCGUCCCUCGUGUCCCCCGCGGGCGGCGAGGGGGCCGCCGCCGCCGCCGCCGCUGCCGCAAGCGCCGGCGUGCAGCAGCAACCUCCCGGGGGAGUCGUGGGGGGAGGAGCAGGAGGAGGAGGAGGGGGGGGUCCGCUCCCCUCGCACCAGUCGACUCAGCCCACCCAGGUCCCUGGCACCCACACGGGGGCACCCCCUUGUCCCGCCACCCCCUUCUUUUCGGCCAACUUUAGCGAGUGGUACGUCUGAUGCCGCUGCCGAACGUGGGGGGGAGAGAGAGGAGAGACGCGGAGGCUCCCCGGCCACGCGGCAUCGCUCGCCGUGGGGUUUGCCCCGAGACACCGCCGCGCUGUUCCCCCGUUCUGCUUCGCUCGGGCUUUCUUUCUCUCCUACAUAACCAUCACCCCCCCCACCCCAUCACGCUCCCCCGCCAUCCCCCCCAUACUCCGUUCUCCUUCCCUACCCCCGAUAUUUGCUUUAACAAGGGCUCUGGGAAUUGGACUGGGAACGCGCACGUAAUGAUCAUUUGCAAACAUGCCCGGCGCUCUGCAAUUACCGCUACUAAGGCUGCCUCCUGCCUGAUUACGUUUGCAAUGAGUCCUUCGCCGCAGUUGUUGCGAUUACUAUUAUGAUUUUUCAUUUUACGAGCCAAGUGAGAGAGAGAGAUAUUGGGGAGAGAGAAAGAGAGACACGGUAGGAGGAGGAGGAGGAGAAAGGGGGAAGCUAACCACGCCGCCGGGCAGUGAUGCGGUGCGCGAUGGGGUUGUGGGCAAGGAUGGUGGCACAUUGGCGGUGAUUAAACGAGGAAAUUCAACUCUGCCACCCCAUACCCCCCCACCUCUCUCCAAUCUCAUCCGCUCAACUUCAUGAGCCCCCCACCCCUCCCUGCCCCCCGAAUUCUCACCACCACCCCCACCACCUUUUUCCCUUCACACGGAACACUGGAACUUAUUAAUUUAAUCGACUGGAGUAUUUAUUUUUUCGAGUGUACAUAACUGUGCUGUAUAUUGUCCGCGAUGGGCAUAACGCCCUAUAUACUAUUGCAGUGACACAAUUUGUUUGUUGUACUAAGGAGUUUUCUUUUUAUUUGGGCCGGGGGUGGGGGCGGGGCGGAGAUGGUUUAAUUUGACGUUUAGAGGGUGCAGAGUUUGAUUUCAAACGUCGUUAAUGUCGCUGUUGUGUGUUGCUGUUGAUUGUUGAUGUUGCUGUUGAUGUUCACGUUGCUAUAAUAAUUAUUAAUAUUAUUUUAACGUGCGGAUGUGAAUAUUUGAUGUGCUUUUUUGGGGAGGGGGGCGGUGGGGUGGGUGGGUGGGGGGCGGAUGGGUAUACUUUUCCCCCAGGAAUGGAUCUUGACAUUUUAUUGUACCUUGUUUUGUAAAAGAUAACUAUAUAACUGUAAUGUUAAAGGAAACAAAAAAAAACACAACACAAACAAAUUUACAUCGUGCCAAAGUCAUUCUCAGUACCACAUGUCAGAGUAUAUUGUAAUGUAUAUAUUUAGAUGUUGGAAAAAAAAAUAUCUCCUUUCAUUGUCUGGUAACAUUUUUAUAUAUAUAGGCAUAGUGAUUGUCAUGGAAUAGCGGACAUUAUCGUAGGCGUCAUUGUUCGUGAAUAACUUUUAAAUGUGAAGAAAAAAAUACAUUACACGGUUAUCCUAUUUAUUGGAAUGUAACUUAUUAGCUGGUAUUAGUCAACACAAUAGGUCAGUCAAUAUUUAUAUGUUUUUAAGGGCGGUGUGUGUGUGUGCGGGGGGUGGGGGGGGUCGGCGUUUGGUGGGGGACUUGGGUUGUAAGAGAGCAACGUGUGCAGUAUUACUUGUCUUCAUCACAACAAGAGGUGCAUUGUAAUUGGUAGUCUUUAGUCUACAUGUCAAUAAACAUCGUACGAUAAAACGCA